CCUGAAGUUCCGGAGGCGGGCCCAGAGGGUUAGAACCAGGCCUUGGCUGGGUGCAGAGUUUUCUCGAAGGCAAGAAAACGCAGCACCUGCGAGGGGCUUCUGUUCCCCAAAUAUCCUAGCAUAGUUGUAAGGUUAGCAAACAGCCUUGCCGCGAAGAAUGGCCACCGAAAGGCACGCGCAGAGCCUGGAGGCCUCCUGCACUGACCCCGUGGAGGAGGGGGAUCCAGGUAGCAGCAUCGUAGCUCAGCUUCAGGGCUUGGAUGGAGGCGAGCCCGAGGCAGCUGGAGAACAUUCGCGGGCAGGAGCUGAACGUUCAGAGGUGCCGUCAAGGUCCACGGAUCGGUGUGAAGCAGCGAGCUUGCCGGGCAAACAAGAAGAGGAGCCGAAGGCUGAGAACGCCUUGGUGCCCCCUCCGGUGGAGGUCGCUGUGCCGGUCCCAGUGCCGCCUUUAGGUGAAGGCAAAGGGGCCAAACGGAUGAUGGAGGAUGAUGGAGAAGCUGAUGCUUUUAAAGAAAUGCCCGACGUGUGCCAGGAUGCUAGAGAGCCGGGAAGAGCUAUGCUCCUGCCUGAUCUCUUUGGGGAGGCUCAGCAUGCCCACGGCAGCCUGGACGCCAGCCGAGCCGGCGGCUGUGCGAAGGUGGAGCAAGCUAUCCCUUGCUUCUCCAACAUGGGCACCGAAAAUCAGCGCAAACGCUUCCGGGGCUUUGCGUACAAAGAGACUGAAGGGCCCCAGGUGGCUUACGAGCGACUGCAGGAACUGUUGUUUCAGUGGCUGAAGCCGGAGGCCCGCAGCAAGGAGGAGAUAGUUGAGCAGCUGGUUCUCGAGCAGUUCCUGAACCUCCUCCCCGAGGACGUCCAGCGCUGGGUGCGGGAGCGGCACCCUGAAAAUGGGGAUGAGGCUGUAGCCCUGGCAGAAGACUACCAGUUUCUGCAUCCCGAGCCUGGAAGACGCCUCUUCCCGGAGAGGGCGAAGCAGCGCGCUUCGGCCAGGAGUUGGCUCCGCUGAAGUCCCCAGAGCAAGCAGGCAGGACUGGUUAUCGACUGAGAGAUUCAAAGACCUAGUUAUCUACAAAAAUGAAGAGAAACCUAGAAGGGCAAGAAGAAUCUGGGAAUCAAAAACUACAGUACACUUAUUGAGCAUGAAAAGAUGUCAACAAGGCUUUCCCUGCAGGAUGGCUAUUACCUGGAGGGAAACCUAUAUUUCACCGUGUGUUUGUGUGUGUGUGUGUGUGUGCAUGGAGGAAUGUUGUGUGAAGAAUGACUGGCCAAAACAUGCUGAGUCCUCACUGCAUCCUACAGAAUGUCUCCUGCACCAGCACCGCGGGAAUAGGUUGGAGCAAGGACAAAAGCGAGUUCUGGAGGGAGCUUGAUUUGUUUGUAAAAUUGGGGUGGGGUUGAGAACACUGCGGAAUGUAUGUGUACAUGCGCGUUCUGAUUGGAUGAGGAAGGGAAGGGUCUUGUGAUGAAGGAAACCAAUGAUACAUGCCAGUCUUGCUCAGGUGGGUGCGAGGCAUCUCAGCCAGCUUUUUGUAAUGCUCUACAAUGGGUUAUGUUUCUGGGUUCGUUCCCACCCAAAUAAUUUUGUACAUCCACCUUGUCCUACAUAUCAGCAUUUUUCAUGACGGCCGAGAUAACGGUCAGUUCUGCUUCCCCCACCCCCUUUCCUUGUAUUCAGAGGGAUGCCUUUUAGUUUACAGGGGAUGGGUCUGCCCUUCCUUCGCUUUCUGGGAAAAUUGGUGCAUGUUGUGGGGUGGGGAACCCUGAAAAGUCACUUCUUUGCCACUCCGAAACAAUUCCGAUCAUCAGUGACCAGCGACGAAUGCUGGGAUUCUGCCACAUGCCUACCUCUCGGCUGCCUCCAUCAACUCUUGCCACCUGAGGACUGCUUUGUAUGCUUGGCAAAUGCUUCCAUGCGAUUGCCUGUCUUACGGCACGCUGUUGCUGAUGGGCUUCCGCUUGAGCCUGCGGGAAGUCCCCCUGCUCUUGCUUGCACGCCCUCUUGGAGAUGCUGGUAAGGAGACUUGUCAGGCAGAUCCACUCGGGCAGCCGGGGUUUUGGCCCCCACAUGGUGCCUGGCCAAGCAGAAGCAUUUUGAACAGCAACCGCACUGUGUCCGGCACAGACAGUUCUAAUUUGUGAGCCAAAGCGACCAUGAUUUGGUCAGGCGGCUGGAUGGUGAGUACCUUUAGAUGCUUGAGACGGGGCUUUGGUUUAGCAGCCGAGUUGAGGGAUGGGGUGGUAAGAGAAGGGUCUCAGUUUCUCCCUCCCCCUUCACACCCCAGGUUUAUAUUGCUGUAUUAAACUCUCAUUUGUGGAAUCUUAAGGUUUUGAAACUCUUCAGUGUCCUGCCGUGUUGUAACUUGCGCUCCUGCCUUGUAUGAGAUGGCUGGAUUUUUAGCUUUUGCUUCUGUUUGUGUAAAACUUUCAGUGUGUGUGUAUAUCCGUGGAUGAGCACAUGGAAUAAAGGGUCUUUCUCCCA